GAGGCGGUCGGCCGUAGAAGUCGGCGGGUCUCGUAAUGGGGCAGGUUUUUGCCAAGCUCUUGAGCAUUUUCGGAAGCCGAGAGCACAAGGUUAUAAUUAUUGGUUUGGACAAUGCUGGGAAAACUACCAUCCUCUACCAGUUCCUCAUGAACGAAGUCGUGCACACGUCUCCCACCAUUGGCAGCAAUGUAGAAGAAAUUGUUCUGCGCAAGACUCACUUCCUGAUGUGGGACAUCGGUGGGCAAGAGUCCCUGAGGUCUACUUGGAACACCUACUAUUCCAAUACAGAAUUCGUCAUUCUUGUGAUUGAUAGCACGGACCGUGAGAGGCUGACUGUGACAAAAGAGGAGCUGUACAAGAUGCUGGCUCAUGAGGACCUGCGCAACGCAGCUGUGUUAAUAUUUGCCAACAAACAGGAUGUCAAAAAUUCCAUGUCUACCUCUGAGAUCUCCAAGUUUCUGACCCUCAGCUCCAUCAAAGACCAUCCGUGGCACAUCCAAGGAUGUUGUGCACUCACAGGAGAAGGCCUUCCAGCUGGUUUAGAGUGGAUGACUUCUCGAGUCCAGGCUAGCUGAUGUCAGCCAGAGCUAUGCUAGAGAAGAAAGACAGCCACAUGAAUCUAUUUCUAAUUUGCAAAAGCUCGGGACCUAUUUGGACCUUGCCUGCCUUUUGUCUUCUACCUGAAAGCCAUCAGACUGGAUUUUGAUACAUUACUAUGAGAUUAUGGGAAGGACAUUUGAACUGUGCCUGCAGAGAAAGGUGUGCAGAGAUUUCUUCCAGACCAGUCUUGAACCACAGAAGAUAUAUCCUGCUGCUGAAGAGCUGCAGGGUGUGUGAGUGUGUGUGCAUGUGCGUAGAUUAAAAGGCUUUGUUCCUACACCUUUCCUGAUAGAAUAGCAAAGCAUUCUUGUGUAUCCAAAAAAGUCUUGUUGAACCUAAAACAAGGUCAUGUGAAAGUUGCUGAAUACAGAACCCACACAGGCUACCCCCUACCCCGAAAAAAAAGUAUUUUUGCUUUGCUAUACCAGAAUCAGCAAGUGGUGAAAAAGUCAAGUUGUAGAGUGUGCCUUGAACUCUUACUCAGGCUUCUGACAUACCUGGGCUGCUUUCCAAAUUGGAAAGUGUCCAAGAGACUUUCGGAACAAAAGAGUGUUUGAGAUUUCCCUUGUUCUCUUGGGAUUGUUCAUAUUUCUCUGUGGACAGGACAAAAUGAUCGGGAUACUGAGUUUGCCCUUCAGUGUCCUUUUCUCUCUAUUUAUUUUUUUGAAUUCUGACUUUUUAGUGUCUGUUAACUGGUCAAUGUCAGGAGAAAUUUUCUGCUGCUGUUUUUGAAGAAAGUUCCUUUUUCUACGUUCAAGACAAGUCUUGUCAGGUUACCUGCAGGCAGCUGUGGUGUUCAGGAAAAGCCGUUUACAUCAGAGAGGAAAAAAAUCUCAAUAUGGGAAAAAAUGCAGUCCCUACCUCAUAAGGGAAGAUUCCUUCCCUUGCUUGCUAAAUGAGGCAAACUCUUGCGUUGUUUUGCAAAUUUUCAAGGCAAUUUGAAUUAAUGAUCUCAACCAAUUUGGGAGGGGGGGUAAUUGGCACACACUGCCUUACGACCCCUUCAACGCCUGUCUCCAUCCCACAGUAGCUAGUUGUUUGGCUGGGAAAGAGAUACCUUAUAGUGCCUCUGUUCGUUUCUCCAACUUUAAGACCUGUGUAGGCUGUUGGACACGAAAGUCAGAGGAAUGCUUUCAGAUACAUUCCUCUAUUUGGGCAAAGGCAGAUUACUAC